CGGGCCGUGUUCUUGAGCGCUGUGCGCCCGCUAAUUCCGUGUCUCUCUCAUACACACACACCGCGCUCCCCCUCUCCGCCCGUCACAGUUUGGCUCCGUAUCGAUCGGCGCUGCCUGGCCGCGCUUCCCCUGCAAUUCCAGGUAGUAAAUCAGUGCCAGGCGGCUCCUCCCUCCGGCCUCGCCAUUGGCCGCCCGCCUCGGCUCCGGCCCCGCGGAUUGGCGAGGCUUUCCUUAAAGAGGCGCUCCCUCCGCCGGAGACACAGAGAGAGAGAGAAAGGGAGAGAAGUGGGCUUCGAGCAAAGCGAGAGUCGGGCACCGGGCAGCCCACCCGGGAUGCUGCGUGGGCAGGAGGCAGCCGGCAUGACGCUCCCGGGGCACCCCAACUUCUUCCCGGUGCCAAGGCUGCAACUUCUGCUGCUCUGGAGUUUGGUUCUGACUCAGCCCGGUGAAGGAUCCCAGCGUAGUGAGCCCAUGUUCACAGCAGUCACGGACCGUGUCCUUCCCCCAGACUAUGACAGCAACCCAACCCAGCUCAAUUAUGGAGUGGCUGUGACUGAUGUGGACCAGGAUGGAGACUUCGAAAUUGUUGUGGCUGGGUACAACGGUCCCAAUCUGGUGCUGAAAUAUGAUAAAGCCCGGGGGCGGCUGGUGAAUCUUGCAGUGAACGAACGUAGCUCCCCAUAUUAUGCACUGCGGGAUCGCCAAGGCAAUGCGAUUGGUGUGACGGCCUGUGACAUUGAUGGAGAUGGACGGGAGGAGAUCUACUUCCUUAAUACCAACAAUGCCUUUUCUGGUAUAGCCACCUAUACAGAUAAGCUGUUCAAGUUUCGUAAUGGGCGUUGGGAGGACAUCCUGAGUGAUGAGGUGAACCGAGGUGUGGCAAGCCGAUUUGCUGGGCGCUCAGUAGCAUGUGUGGACAGGACGGGCUCUGGCCGCUAUGCCAUCUACAUAGCUAACUAUGCCAAUGGGAGAGUUGGACCACAUGCCCUAAUCGAGAUGGACAAAGCUGCUAGUGAUACAGAACGUGGUAUUGUGGCCCUGAAUGAUGUGGCUGCAGAGGCUGGAGUCAACAAAUUCACAGGGGGUCGGGGCGUGGUUGUGGGGCCCAUUCUCAGUGAAGCUGCCUCUGAUAUCUUUUGUGACAAUGAGAACGGAGCCAACUUCCUUUUCCAGAACCAGGGUGAUGGUACCUUCAUAGAUGUAGCACCCAGCACUGGCUUGGAUGAUCCCUACCAACAUGGUCGCGGUGUCACACUGGCUGAUUUCAACCGAGAUGGCAAAGUUGACCUAAUCUAUGGCAACUGGAAUGGACCACAUCGGCUCUAUCUGCAGAUGAAUGCAGGUGGGCGCAUCCGCUUCCGGGACAUUGCCACGCCCAAACUGUCCAUGCCAUCACCUGUCCGCACCGUCAUCGCUGCUGACUUUGACAAUGACCAGGAGUUGGAGGUCUUCUUCAACAACAUCGCCUAUCGAGGCUCAUCUGCCAACCGCCUCUUCCGGGUCACCCGUCGGGAACAUGCUGAUCCAGCCAUUGAGGAACUGAACCCUGGUGAUGCCGUGGAGCCAGAAGGGCGUGGGACAGGAGGGGCCGUGGUGGAUUUUGAUGGCGACGGGAGGCUGGACCUGAUCCUAUCGCAUGGAGAGUCCAUGGCACAGCCCCUCUCUGUCUUCAAAGUCAAUGAGGGUACUGGAAACAACUGGCUGCGGGUGAUCCCACGCACACGCUUUGGAGCAUUUGCUCGUGGUGCUAAAGUAGUGCUGUUCACACGGCAGAGUGGUGCUCAUCUGCGUAUCAUUGAUGGAGGGUCUGGGUAUUUGUGUGAGAUGGAGCCCGUUGCCCAUUUUGGCCUAGGACAAGAUGAACCCAGCAGCUUGGAGGUGGUCUGGCCAGAUGGCAAGUUCAUCACUCGCACCAUUGCAAGCACUGAGAUAAAUGUUGUGCUGGAAAUCCCCUAUCCUCGAGAUCCCCCAGCAUCUCUGCCUGCUAUACUUCCUCUUGAGUGUGGCCAAGGAUUUUCUCAGCACGAGAGCGGGAGGUGUGUUGAUAUGGAUGAGUGUGCAGAAUUUCCCUUUGUCUGUCCAAGGGGCAGACCCGUCUGCAUCAACACAUAUGGCGGAUACCGUUGCCGCAGCAACAAGCGCUGCAACCGGGGCUUUGAGCCCAAUGAGGACGGCACAGCUUGCGUUGACAUAGAUGAAUGUGCCUCAGGUCUGCAUAACUGCAGCCAAAUCUGUGUGAACACUCAGGGUGCACAUUCCUGCCAGUGCCACGAGGGAUUCAAGGUGGAUAACCGUGAUGCCAACAAGUGCCUGGAUGUGGAUGAGUGCAGGGAGAGGCCAUCCCCAUGCGAUCACAUCUGCCACAAUGAAGCAGGCUCUUUCCAUUGCCACUGCCGGCAAGGCUUCUUCUUGGGUCCAGAUAGACGGCGCUGUCUGCAAGGCUGAUCAAUGGCCAUAAUCAUGGCCCAGAGUAUGUGCUGGCCUACACCCUCGCUGGAAUGCAUAGCUAGCAUUUGCCUGUAUACCUUUGCUCAUAUAUGGCGGGCGGGCAGUAACCAUUUGCUGUGCAACACCAGUGAUUGUUGCUGCUCAAAGCUGUAGUUCCACUUCCUCCUGGUUAGUACACCACUGUCUUUAUGGAGAACUGGGAUGCCCCUCUCCUUGCUUUACUGGUCUGAUUCCAUAAUAAAGCUGACUUUUGCUCAUUUCAUAA